UUUUCAGUCAUUCAUUGUCGGCGGUUCGCGGCGAGCGGUUGGAUUUUCUCAGCGGGGAAAACGCGAAAAAGCGCUGUGCGGCGGGUGAAAUCUUCGGCUGGAGAAGAAACGACAAGUGUGGAGUGCAUGCCAAAAAAGAAAUAAGUUCGGAUCGCAUUGAGCGAUUGUAGAAAAUCGUGAGCCAAAUAAAUGAAUCGCAAAUAAUUGAGGCCAAUCGGCGAGGCAGAGCUGCGAAUUAUGGCACUUUAUUGCCUAUAAAUAGUGUUUAACUAUAAGAAAGAAAAAGUGGCAAACAACAGAGAAAAAGCAUAAAAAAGGAAAGGAAGAAAGGAAGCAAGAAAGAAAACGGAAAACAGAAAACAUAAACCGAAAGAACAAAGGCGGGUCAAGAACGAAAGUUCGUUGAUUGUGCAGUUUUCGGGACAGGUCAAGCCGCCUGCUACCUGUGGAGCUCCGGAGGCAAGUUAACCUGGCGUAGCGAAGUCCAAAAGUCCGAAUUAUGACACAGCAACAGCCGCCGUGGCCGAGUCCCAGGGGAAACCGCUGGCUCAUCCUGGCCCUACUCGCAGUUCUCUCUUUGGCAGAUGUUGCAGCUCUGCCCUUUCUGUUCACACAUCUCAAGCCGCGGAUCAACUGGACGCAGCCGGAAAUGGAACGUUGGGUGAUUGAGGAGCAGCCGCGCAGCAUACAGCCCCAUCUGGAGCCCAUGCUGCACCCGAAUCGCACACAUCGCGCCUUGUCCAUGGACAGCGGUGACUCGGAGUUCCUGCAACGACUGGUGGACAUUCGUCAGAACCAAACGGCCAGCUCCAGAAUGCUCUGGUACGAUGUGGCCGGCGGAGAUGGCCUGGUCUAUCCGCCCUUCGUGGACAAGGCCCUGAAGCUGCUGAACCUCAAGCAGGUGGCCUUCGAGAUCGAGAACAGCGUGAUGUCCAAGGUGACCUGCACGGCCUGCAGAGCUGGUGCCGGCAUGCUGCAGCACCAGAUUCAGUCGGGCAAGACGGACGCGGAGCUUAUCCGCAUGAUCACGGACUACUGCACCAAUCUGAACAUCCAGAGUGCCCGCGUCUGCCAGGGCGUGGCCCAGCUCUUUGGCAGCGAGCUGAUAUACGUGCUGAAGAGGGUCAACCUCAGUCCCGAUGAACUGUGUAGCUUUGUGAUUGGCGAUGGCUGUGCCGAUGUCUACAAUCCGUACCACGAGUGGGAGGUGAUUUUCCCGCCGGUGCCGAAGCCACCACGUCUGGCUGAUCUGCCCAUUCCCCUGGAGGCGGCGCCCUUCUUCAAGGUCCUGCACAUCUCGGACACCCACUAUGAUCCCCACUAUGCGGAGGGCUCCAAUGCGGAUUGCAAUGAGCCACUUUGCUGCCGCUUGAGCAGCGGUCGUCCUGCCACGCCGAAUGCAGCUGCCGGAAAGUGGGGCGACUAUCGGAAAUGCGAUACCCCAAAGAGGACUGUGGAUCACAUGUUGUCUCAUAUAGCAGAGACCCAUAAGGACAUUGACUACAUCCUCUGGACGGGCGAUCUGCCGCCGCACGAUGUGUGGAAUCAAACGAAGGAGGAGAACUUGGCCAUCAUCAAGGAGACCGUCAAGCAGAUGGUGGAAAUGUUCCCCGGAGUGCCCAUCUUCCCGGCCCUGGGCAACCACGAAAGUGCUCCGGUCAAUAGCUUUCCCCCGCCAUAUGUCAACCAGGUGGACAUCUCCAUUAGCUGGCUCUACGACGAACUGGAUGUCCAGUGGCGAAGGUGGCUGCCCCAGAGUGUGACCCACACGGUGCGGCGUGGUGCCUUCUACUCCGUGCUGGUGCGUCCCGGUUUCCGGAUCAUCUCGCUGAACAUGAACUACUGCAACAACAAGAACUGGUGGCUACUGCUCAACUCCACGGAUCCCGCCACCGAACUGCAAUGGUUUAUUUACGAGCUUCAAAGUGCCGAGUUCUCCAAUGAGAAGGUGCACGUCAUAGGCCAUAUUCCGCCAGGACAUUCGGACUGUUUGAAGGUGUGGUCUCGCAACUUCUACAAAAUCAUUUCGCGUUAUGAAAGCACUGUGACAGCUCAGUUCUAUGGCCACACGCACUAUGAUGAGUUUGAGAUGUUCUACGACCCUCAUGAUUUGAAUCAUCCCAAUGGCAUUGCUUACAUUGGACCCUCUGUUUCGCCAUAUUACGAUCUGAAUCCUGGCUAUCGGAUCUAUUACGUGGAUGGUGAUCAUGACUCCACCACGCGACUGGUCAUUGAUCACGAGUCCUGGAUAAUGAACCUCAAGGAGGCCAAUCUUUACGGCUAUCCCAUUUGGUACAAACUGUAUACAGCCAGAGCUGCGUACAAUAUGAAGGCUCUGCGUCCCAGCGAUUGGAACAAUCUGCUUAACGAGCUGACCAACAAUCAGGAGCUAUUCGAGCUGUACUACAAAUACUACUGGAAAAACUCACCGGCGCGACCCACCUGCGAUGCCGAGUGCAAAAAGCGACUGAUCUGCGACUGCCGAAGUGGACGCUCCCACGAUCGGAAACACUUGGCCGAGGUCGAGUCCAAGAUCGAUGAGGAGUCCUCCAAGUCCUGGAAGUCGUGGUUCUACAAGGGACUGACCAACUCCGAUGAAGAUCGGACGGAAGUGCCGAUGACAAGCAACGUUACAGAUUCAGAUGGUUAUGGCCCGCUCGAUGUGGUGAUUGUUAACGUUGGUGGUUGAUCGAUUAAGGCCUGUACAUAUAACGAUUUUAUAAAGCUUCCAUGACAAUAAAUUACCCAGAUAUUCACCCCAGAA